GUUUUUUGGCCGCACUCGGCUUGAAAUCGCGCCGAUACUGCGUCUAUAGUCAAGUGCCUAGAGCUGUGUCGCUGUGCACAAGGCCCGUGGCAGCGUGAGACACGUUUGCGCUGUUCAGUUUGCACGUAGAGAGCCUAACUCAGCUCAGUCGCCAGUGCACGCGCUGCAAGAGCGGUUUCCGAAACGCUCCAAGCAACACCAGUGCACGAUGUCGCUCCCAGAAAACCUCGUGACGCCCUGCCAGACGACGUACCGCUCCGUGGGAUUGGGGGUGUACGCCGUCGUCGUCAGGUACUGCACGAUGCCUCUUGAAAAAGUGGCCAUGAUCGCGAACAGCUCAUUGGUAUCGUCUGGCAAGAACCAGCUCGGCCAGGCCUGGAAGAUCGCGACGAAGGAAGGGUUGCUGGCACCGUACCGAACGGUCGGGCCUGCUUCCAUAACGGCGUGGUUUCUCCAGUACUCGGUGAUGGGUUUUGUGUUUCAGACGGUGGAUGCUGCUUUAUCUGCCUCGUUGGGGACGCAGCGCAUGCCGUACGGGGACCAGCUCAUGGAGCCUCCUUCCCAAAAUUCGUCAUUUGGUGUAGCUACAGCGUGCAAAGCUAUCCUGGCGCCGAUCACGGCGGGCACGAUCGAAUCUGUGGUCUCUAAUAGGGCCGAGACGCAGCGCUUCUGGGGCCUGGGGAAGUCAGCCGCGAUAGAACGGCAAUUGGGCUGGAGCGCGCUGGGCCGGGCGUGCGGGCCGGCGUUCGUUGCUAAUAGUGCCAGAAAUGCGGUCAUGUCGACGACGUCCUUCGUCGCGACGCCCCUGUUGUUCCUGCACGCCUUCCCGCAGGAGCACAAGUCGCACUCGUCGCUGUUUUGGUUUGGCCUCUCCGUGAACAUCUUCGCGGGCAACGUCGUGGCCAUCACGCAGCAGUCGCUCUGGGGUAGAGUGUUGAACUACGUCGAGGAGGGCGGCGGGCGGAACGCGAAUUAUAGGGCCAUCGUGGGCGAGGCCUACCGCAGGGAGGGCCUGUCGGCCUUCUUCACGCCGCCGAAGUGGUUCGCGCGCGUGCUCAUGAACGCGCCGAUCCAGGGGACGCUGCCCUGGUUCUACAACGACGUCCUGCCCCUCGGCGAGCCGGCGGCGCUCGAGCUGGCGGGGCGGGCCUAUUCAUCCGUCUCCUCUUAGUAAAUGUGUCUUAUCUA